CGAUAGAUAGAGGGAGAGAUAGAGAUAGAUAGAGGGAGAGAGGGGAGCAGCAUUCAGAGCCGGAGCCGAGGCAGCGAGCGGAUCAGAGGCAUCGGGCGGGCCGGGUGUGAGCAGCAGGAUCCCGGGGAGGAUUGGGUCCGGGUCCGGGAGCGGGAGCCGCAGUGGAGAGGAGCGGGGCAGAGACGCACAGCGACGGCAGGAUGAGCAUGCUGGUGCUGAUCAAUAAGCUGCUGGACUGGUUCAAGUCCUUGUUCUGGAAGGAGGAGAUGGAGCUGACGCUGGUCGGCCUGCAGUACUCCGGCAAGACGACGUUUGUCAACGUGAUAGCGUCUGGCCAGUUCACAGAAGAUAUGAUCCCAACAGUGGGUUUCAACAUGAGGAAGUUAACUAAAGGAAACGUCACCAUAAAGAUUUGGGACAUUGGAGGUCAACCAAGAUUCCGGAGUAUGUGGGAACGUUACUGCCGAGGGGUCAACGCGAUUGUCUACAUGGUGGAUGCUGCAGACUUCGAAAAGAUUGAAGCUUCAAAGAAUGAACUGCACAACUUAUUAGAUAAGCCACAGCUACAAGGAAUUCCUGUAUUAGUAUUGGGAAACAAGAGAGACCUCACCAAUGCCUUGGAUGAGAAACAACUGAUUGAGAAAAUGAACCUAUCUGCCAUCCAGGAUCGUGAAAUCUGUUGCUAUUCAGUGUCCUGCAAAGAGAAGGAUAACAUAGACAUCACACUACAGUGGCUUAUCCAGCACUCCAAAUCGAGGCGUUGCUGAGAUUGCACAUGCUGAGCAGAAGAUGAUAACGGUCUCUCCGUCCUAUACACCUUGGAAGAAAGUGUGGAAGAGCAAAUCCCUAACUCAGCUGGGACUGAGUGUUUCAACCCCCAGUUCCCGUCAACAUGGACCUCUGAGAUUUCUUCUUGGUGUUCCUCUGACUUCAAGCCAUUUUCUACAUUCAAAAGGAAAAUUGAUUUGUGCCAUUCGACAGUAUUGCAGAGUAAUCACAGACCACAUAACUAAGGCCCAGACAUGUGGCUUCAAUAUUUGAAUGAUGUCUCUGUUUAAAAAAAAAUGCAAACUGCCUAUAUCCUAUUUAACAGGGUGCUUAUUCUGGUUGUGUAUUUUUCAUUUUGCAUGUGACUUAUCCAUACAGUGCAUUAUUUCUGCGAAGGGUUACUGAUUAUUUAAUCAUAAUAUUAUUACAAUAUGGUAAUGCUGCAGCUAUACGAAAAGUAAUUGUAUUGAAACAGAGGGUGGAUUUGGGAGCAAGCUAGCAGGUUUUUGUUGAGUGGGAUGAAUGCCUUCACUUUCCCCUUUUGACUGCAUUACAUUCUAACACAGACACUGGAGAUAGCUCUUAAAUGCUUUUAUUCUUCUCAUGUAGUGUUUAUAUUCAUAGGUUCAUAAGUUACAGGAGCAGAAUUAGGUUGUUUGGCCCAUCGUCUACUAAGUCAUUCAAUCGUGGCUGAUCUAUCUCCCUCCUAACCCCAUACUCCUGCCUUCCCCCCCAUAACCCCUGACACCCGUACUGAUCAAGAAUCUGUCAAUCUCCACCUAAAAAAAUAUUCACUGACUUGGCCUCCACAGAUUCACCACCCUCUGACUAAAGAAAUUCCUCCUCAUCUCCUUUAUAAAGGCACGUCAUUUUAUUCUGCGUUAUAUACUCUAGGUCUAGACUCUCCCACUAGUGGAAACAUCCUCUCCACAUCCACUCUAUCCAGGCCUUUCAAUAUUUGGUGAGUUUCAAUGAGGUCUCCCCUCACCCUUCCAAACGGCAGCAAAUACAGGCCCAGUGUCGUUCACAGCUCAGCACGAAAUGCUGAGUGUUUCUUCAUAUUUAAACUUCUUGUUACUUAUACACCAUUUGCUUUCUUAAAGAUGUAAAGGGAAUGAGUUGAUGUUUAAUUGAAGAUCGAUUUUAAUGCAUGCCAUGAAAUGAGUUGAUAUUCCCUGUAUCAUCUCACAGUCCACUGACGUCAUUCUUGGUGCAGUUAGUGAUGGGCUUACUAUUAAUGUUUUAAUAGAUACAGGAUACUUCUUGAUUAAAGGUAGGAUGGGUCACCUGAGUUGUUUCAGAAGAAAGGAAAAUUUGAGCAGAAUCAGAUGGUGGUUUGUGGUCCUCGGUCAUAAGUCAACACGUUCCAAAUUGGUAGAAUUGUGAGCAUUUCAGAUCAGUCUGGUCUUCAGAUGAGAAAACACUGCAUCAUUCAAGCAAGUUUGACCCGUGAUAGACGCAAGGCCUAGAGAAACUCAGUGGGUCAGGCAGCAUCUCUGGAGAAAAAGGACGGUGACAUUUCGGGUUGGGGCCUGAAACUUCACCCACCCUUUAUCUCCAGAGAUGCUGCCGGACUAGCCGAGUUACUCCAGCACUUCUAUUGUGUCUAUCUUUGGUCUAGCAAAGAUAGACACAAAAUUGUUAGAGUAACUCAGUAGAGCUACUCUGAGUUACUCCAACAUUUUGUGUCUAUCUUCAGUGUAAACCAGCAUUUGCAGUUCCUUCCUACACAUAUCUUUGGUAUAAACUAACAUCUGCAGUUCUUUGUUUCUACACCAUUGCCCCAUUUUUGACAUAUACUACAGUAAUAAACACAUUGUUUUCCUCGUCCCAUUUCUGCCCCUUUUCCGUUAGGCCCCAGUAAAUUUUGAAAGCACAUCUAAUUAAUGGUAACUUUAUCUAGUACACAUGAGUUGCCUGGCACUUGAACUUGGUACCUGUCAAAUUGUUCUUUCUUCAGCUCCUGCCUACAGAUGCUGAUGACCAAACGUAAGAAGUAAACAGUGUAGGAAUGAACAGCAGAUCCUGGUUUAAACCGAAGAUAGACACAAAAAAGCUGGCGGAACUCAGCAGGACAGGCAGCAUCUCUGGAGAGAAGGAAUGGGUCACGUUUUGGGUCAAGACCCUUCUUCAGACUAGAAGGUAGACAGAAAUGCUGGAGAAACUCAGCGGGUGAGGCAGCAUCUAUGGAGCGAAGGAA